GUAAACAAGGGUCUUUUGUUUGCAUAAUUCCGUCUUGUUCAUCGCUCCUCAUCUCCUUUGCUCCCGACGACCACCACGCGACUCCAACCCCUUCACACGCUUCCCCACUCGAUUUUACCAGAACAAGGACUCGUCAUGUCAGAAACACCGAAGAGGAGGCUCUUGCGCAAGAGUGCUCUCCAAGCCUCCCCCUUUGGAACGCCCGUCAAGUCCUUUCACAACUUUACACCAACUGCUGGUUCCACAACAACUGCUACUACUCCAGUGAAGCCUGCUUCGGAAUCUACGACUGUCUCCUCCUUAUCAAAUCCAUUCGUUGUUGCCUCUUCUUCCUCACCAAACGCAACCUCAGACAAAAGCACAGAAAGCGCAGAAAGCACAGAAAUACCUACAUCACCACAAGACAUCAAUAGUAGCCCCUCGUCGCGAAAAUCAGCUCGGCUCAGCGCACUCUACGGUACCCAAAAUACCAACAGCAAUGGCAACAGUAGCAGCGGCAGCCGGUCAUCUCCAAGGAAACUUGUUCCCCCGACAACACCAAAGUCCAAGACGGUACUUAAGUUGGUUUGGGGCUACAUUGUAGGACUCAGGAAGAUGGAUGAGAGUGAAUACUAUCGAUACCCGAUCGACAAGUCAUAUUGCUCCUUUGGCAGGAACAGCACGAACGACGUUCGAGUCCAGAUCGAUACAGCUUCAGAGAUUCACUGCAAACUUAUUCGGAGGGAUGAUGGCGAAGUGUGGCUCAAGGACACUUCAACCAAUGGAACGCUAUUGAAUAAUGUUCUUGUCCACGAUACUGCCCGGCCCAUCCAGCAUAACGACGUGAUGACCAUUGCAGGACGGAAGUUCAGAUUCGAGAGUGCCGCGCCAAUCCCUCGUACAUCUUUACAGUUGACCAGCAGCAAUACACCAGGCCGACAGAUCAGUAGCAUUCAGUCGACAAUCGACCGGGAUAUUCUGGCGCUGGCCGAGAUGCCCUCGCCGACCGCUAGAAGGAGCUUGUCAACACCCAAAAGAGACACCGCGCGGAGUGGGGCCGCCCUGGAAUCGACUCUCGGGCUCUUCACGCCCAACAGAGCAGCGAAACUCUCCAGUCUGCUUGUCUCUCCAAAGCCUGUUCCGUUUCCAGCAUUCUUGUCAAAAUCACCAAUGAAAACAGCCACACCAAGGAAGAUAUUCACCAUGAUUGAUGAGCCGUCCGUCCUGAACCCAACAUGCGCCAACUCAUCGCUAUCGCCGCCAUUAAUUGUACGGGAACUCGAUGAUGAUGACGACGAUGAUGAUGAUGAUGAGCCAGGAUUGCACACACCAACAAAACAGAAACGCAAGGCGCAUUUAGACUUGGAGGAGGGCGACAUGGCACGAACGCCGAAGAAGGUCUCGUUCGGUCCAGCACUUAGUCCCGAGGUUUUCGACAAGGCUGAACCUCCUUCGACUCCCAUCAAACGCGGUCAGCAGCAGGGCCCAGAGACACCAAGACGGCGGGGCAUUUCCACACCUUCUCUACUUUCCAAGCUGAGUGCUCUCACACCAACACCCAAGCCCAUUCUGACACCCACGAGGAUAGGCGGCCGUACAGCUAUAUUCCAUGAUCUGAAGAAACCUGCACCGCUUAAGUUGUUUGAACUCGACGAGGAUAUCCCCAAGAAGCCGCAGUUUGUUGAGAUGAAUUUUGAGAAUGAGAAAGAGAUUUCUGCUGACGCCUCAGGAACGUGUGUGGCUGAUCCAGUUGCGCUCGAUUAUCAGGACGAGGCUUCGAAGAGCGUAGCCCAGGAUGUACAGCUCAUCGACGAUGCUCAGAACAGUCCCCUAGAUGUCGAGGCUGAUAAUGUGAGAGAGGAUAGAGAACAAGGUCAGGACGAGACCAUCGAGGACAGCGGCACUUCUAGUGACAGUAGCAGUGGAAGCAGCAGCGAAGAUGGCCUGUGGAAGGCGCUCACGCCUUUACCUUCAAUUGAGGAUGACAUUUGUCUUCCUGUAACUCCAACCCGUCGACUCUCCGACAAAUCUGCUACGCCAGUUCAACAGCGACCAUCAACACCUUUUCAAUCUACGCCAGGUUCAGCAUCGCGACUUGCACUUUUGCAACUCUCGGCUCAAAAGAUACAUGGACUGGCUGACUUGCUCCAGGGGCCAAGCACUCCGACAAUAAGUCGCGAGAACUCGGACUCUUUACCAACGACGCCCACUCGACCUCCAGUAAAGCUGCCCUUGUUUGACGAAAAUGGUCGAGGACAGAUGGAUGGGGCCCAAGAAGAACAUGAUCAUCAGGAUGUUGAAGAUUGGCGAGUGGAUCAGGAAAAGACAGAUAAGGGUGACCUGAAGCGACGGUCGAGUGCACCGGCAACGGUCAUGGUGGACCCGAAUCAAAGUCCCAUCUUUUCUGGUUUCCGUGGCGUCUUCAGGACGCCUCAAAAAGUCGUGGAAUCAUGCUUUGCAGGAUUCGCUGGUUUCCGAGACUAUGUCAUGUCCCCCACCAGGUCAUCCCACCAACGACCAUUGCUGCAACGAUCUCUGAUGGAUGAAUUUGCUGCUGUGGAUUCACAUAAAGACAAUAACGAAGAUGAACCGGAAACUAUAGAAUCGAGUGAAGCUCUCGAGGCCCCCGAGAAGAAUGCGGAGACUCUUGAUGUGCAACAGCGUUUAGUAGCGACAGAGGACGAUACAAACGAGGCCGUAAAAAAGGAGGCGGAUUCCAUUGAUCUGGACAGGACAUCUGUGAAGCGCGGUAUUUCUGAAUCUCCAGAACCAGCUAUCACUCCAAAGCGGCGCAUUGCAUCUCAUCAAGAUGUAUUGACGAUUCUGAUGGGAUACCCUCGCGAGUCAUCGCCAAAGUCAAAGGAUUUCUCAUUUGCAAAAGAGCACUCUCUUUUGUCGCCGGCUAAAUCGUUGGACGAGAUCAGGUCUCGACGCAGACGGUCCGAUAUCUUUCCACAAAAGAGAACAAUUGCCAUUCGGAGCCACAGCCAGAAUGCAGAGGGUCGCGAUGGCACGAUGGACGAGAAGGAGGUUGCCAUAGGCGUAGAUGGCAAGACGCGGCGGAGGACCAUCUCUUUGUUCGAUUUUAAACAGGAGCAGUUCAAGUCUGGGUCCGUUGCACUUGUCACGACUACGUACUCUGAGAGCACAUCAGCCAUGGACAGCGAAGAUAAGACAGAGGCAUCAGCUCAACAGAGCAGGAGUGAGAAACAGAUCGAGGAGGAUGCUGAACAAGCGGAACUCUUGCGUUUGCUGGGCGAAGGCUCGGGCUCACUGGAUGAUGACGAAGAGGAGGAGGCAGAGGAGGUAGCAGAUGAGGAAGUAGAGGAGGAACACAACAGUAUCAUUGCUCAAGAACUCGAAGAGAGCAACAUCGAUCCCUCAUCAUAUGAAGUACCGGAAGAAGCCCCGAUGAGCACUGCGCUGAUGGAUGAUAAGGGGUCGGAUCAGGCAAUUGACGGCGAUCUCGAUCAGGAUGAUAAGGAGAACCGACCCUCGAUCGCGGAAGUCAACACCGCAGCACGACGCAUCUCUUCAUCAUACAAAUCGCGGGAGAAUACACCCACGAAGCGGCGGCAUUCCCUCAAACAGAGGCUAGGAUCAGCGUCUCCAGCUUUCCGUCUGUACGAGGGCCAGUUCGCAGAAGAAGAAGAAGAAGAGGAGAAUGAAGACGAUAUGGUGAUGAUGAUCUCUCCCAAACGGGUGCGCGUGCACUCGUUCCUGGAAUAAGGGAUACCUCACUGGUGACUGUUGAUACCAAAUAAACACCAGCAC